UUGUUGGAAUGACAACUCGACAACGUGUGACCCGAAGGCGGUAGUUGUGACAGUAGUUAAAGUCGUGUUUAUAGGAUUUCUUCCAAGAUACAAAGUAUGGAGCCACCAGAGAAUGGUUGUGCUGAUGAGUACCUGUUUGAUCCUGUCAUAUUAAAACAGAUUGACUUCAGCAAGCACAAAGCAACCUACAAGCCUAUGAUAUCACCAGCCAACCCAGGGGAGUCCCUCUUACUCCGUCCACUCUGUUUAGGAGAUUUUGAUAGAGGUUUUCUACAGCUCUUGUCCCAGUUAACAAAAGUAGGAGAUAUCUCUAGAGAAUUGUUUAAAGAACGUUUUACAUCCAUGAAGAGUUGUCCACACACCUAUUAUGUAACGGUCCUGGAAGAUACGAGAAUUAACCAGGUUAUAGGAACAGCAACACUGUUCCUGGAACAAAAGUUCAUUCAUACAGCUGCUACGAGAGCAAGAAUAGAGGAUGUUGUUGUCAGCGACGACUACAGGGGGAAACAAUUAGGAAAGCUACUUCUUGACGUUUUGACGCUACUAAGUAAGAAGUUAGGGUCUUAUAAGGUCACUCUUGACUGCAAGGAUAAGAUGAUCCCAUUCUACAACACAUUUGGUUUCACAAAAGAAGAAGGCAAUAACUUUUUACAACAGCGCUUUAAGGACUGAGUAUUGCUGCAGAGAUGUUUGUCUUUGUACAUGUGUAUUAUGCAUUAUGACCGUGUAUUUAAAAGAAUUUACAUGUAUUUAUAAGUUCAUACAUGGAUUGGUUUGAGCUUGAUUUGCUUGGUUUGUGCCCAUUAUACUUGACCUGCUUAGUUUUUGCGCGUUCUGGCGUUUAUAAUUUUGCUUUGAAUGAAGGUAGAAAGCUUUCAUAAACAUUCUUUUGUUCAUGCCUUUAAAUCUACCCAUAACCUCUCAUGUUCAAGCCUGGCGUAAGGUAUUCGCCGUCCCUUAGGGAAUGUCAAAAGAGAUGUGCAAUGACUAAAAAUAUUUAUGAUACAUAAGGUUAACAUUAGUAUAUUUGGUACCUGGAAGACUUGAGGUGUGUGUGUGUGUUGUGGGCAUGGGGGCUGGGGUGUUACGAGAUACAUGUGUUAUAUAUUUUAUAUGCUUUACACUUGCUCACUUCUUUUUUCAAUGAAUACCUGAUGUAAAGAGGGGCUGCAGGUGACAUCAUCAGCCGGUCAACAAUAAACAAUCAGCCAUGUUUGCAUCCUAUUUACAUGGGCUGGCAUAGCCACAGUCGUCCAAUGUGGCUGCCAGAUGUAAGUCAUGCAACCCCUCUUUAUACAAAAAAGAAGCUCCCUAUAUCCAUUUAGGGAGCGGGGUUAAUUUUUUUUUCUUAAGCUAUGAAAUUUUUGGGGUUUAUGCUAUAAUGGCCUAAUAGCUGGGUUGCCUCCAAAGGAAAUAUUAGAAAGCGCUAAUUUUUUUUAUGUAUCCUGAGACACGUGUACAUGUAUAUACAUGGUCAUGUGGCAGUCGAAACAAUAUGCAACACUUACAUCCACUUUUGAUACAGUGAUUCAAGGUGUGGAAGUAGAAUUCUAUUUGACAUCACUGUGUAUCUGACUGUGGUAAGAGCAUCCACCUUGUGGACAAGAGCCUUGAGUCCCCAUUCAAGUAAGACCUGCCACUUUAAUGCAAUUGAUGUGAGAAGUUACAACUAGACCUGUGUCUGAAAUUUUUGUGGAUAAAAUGAGGAUGAUGUGUAUGAUCUCGAAACAAAUACAAUGAAAUUUAUGAGAGCAUCAUUGGUGUUGGAGGCAAAUUGAAAAUGUUUAUAGGAUGCAAGGUUAAAUAACAUUUGACUUACAACAUGUGAGCAAGUAACAAGUAGAUUGAGUUAGUAGAUAAAAGGAAAGCAAAACGUAAUUAAAGGUUUCUAAUGUGUGACAUAGUCAAAGUCACAGCAUUUCAGAACCAAACACGGGAGUUAACUCUCCCUUCCUAGUUAGGCCUUACGUCGCACAGUUAUUUCCCCUUUAUGGGUGCCUGGUUUCCAGUUACAAUCCUUGCCAAAGUGACGAUAUCAACUUCAUCUAUGUGAAUAGAAUGCUCUUUAAUAAAAUCUUAUGAGCCGUGAGAUAUAGCCAGUUCCUGGGAGCUAUUUAAUUAGUCUUAUGAUAAAACAUACAUUUUCAAGUUAUGUUUUAUUUUAUUUCAUGUUUUUUGUUUGGGCCUUCAUGGCUGAGUGGUUAGCGUAUUAGCGCAGCACAAAUUCCCAGGAGCCUGUCUCCAGUGCUGAGCUGUGAGAUCAAGUCCAUAUCAUACUGGCUUCCUCUCUGAUCAUUCGUGGGUAGAUCUGCCAGCAACCUGCGGGUGGUCACGGUUUUCCCUUGGCCUCUGUCUGGUUUCAUCCCAUUAUUAUGUUGGAAGCCGCCAUAUCAGUGAAAUAUUCUUUGAGUACGGCGUAUUAAUGAAAUUUUUUUGGUUUUUUUAUUUCUUUAAUGUGUGCUGAUGUCAGUUUCCCUGAAACACCUUAUUUUGUUGUGUAUACACAGGAGUUAAUGACAGACAGAAAAUCUCGUAUUUUUUUUAUUGCUUACUUUGCUGUAAAUUUACUUGUUUUUGGGUUUUACUGUUUUAUUACCUUUAUUGAACAAACUUCUGUUGUUUUUACACGAUCUGCAAGUGAAUUUACCAUUUGUUUUGUGUUAGUAAUCUUGUGAUUGAGUAAUUAAACAUGGGUUAAGAAAAAACGAUCAAAGAUUCGCUGAACAUAUAGUCCUAUAUGAAUGGUUUUGUGUUUAUAGUAAUAGGGUCACGAGUGUAGGUAUAUAGUCAUUCCUCUUGUUCCGUUGACUUGUACAGUCGUUCCCCUUUGAAGCUUGUCCUGUUGAUUUGGUAUUACGUGCAUCACGUGUAAGUCAGUGGUUGUUCUUAUGUUAAUGUAAUUGGGAUCAACUUCUAGUUGAUUUAGGGUGUAAUAUAACUGUAGAAGUAAAAAUUGAAAAGGUUUCUUCCAUGAUGUGAGUUUGAUCAUGGCUAUAUUGUCUCAGCUCAAAACAGAGAACAAAAGUCGAAUUUUGCAAUCGCCGAAACAGAUUAUUAUGUACCUGGUAAACGUCAUUAGCGUUUUUAAUUUGCAGUGGAAUUUUUAAUGGAUGUACACAUGCAAGGAAAUCUCUAAGAAAACGUUAACAUUCCAGUUUUACGGUGUAAAAUGUUGCAUAUCCAGCUGUAUUCAUGUAUGUUAAACUAUGGGGAAAGGUGCCAGAAACGGUGUCCAAUUUGCAAGGUGUCCAGUUUCGAGUGCUUCCUGUCUUCCAUUUGGAUCUGAGAUGAUUGAAUGAUAUUCUUUGUCCUGAACUGUCUGCUCGAUAUAAGAUACUGUAUACAACACUCGUUAUAGAUCCAAAUACAUGUACACAAGAACGUAUAUUAAUGGAUCCAGAUUUAUUUUAAGACGGAACACAUACCUGUUAAUUAUUUACUUAUUUAUGCUAUGGGUGUUUUGUAUGUUAUUGGUAUUUGAAGAAAACAGUGUUAAAUAUUUAAAAUAAAAUAAUACAGCAUGUACCGGUAUACCAAAUAAUGCCUCCCAAUUUUGUCCCAACCAUAUGUAUAUGCGAAGUUCACAGAUUUAUUAUUCUUUUCAUACAGUUUCAUACAGUGGGUGCUUACUGUUUAAUCGAAAGUAUUCUGAAGUAUCUGAAAUAAAGAAAUGUCUCGGUUCUUGUUUUUAAACAAGUUGACAUUUUUUUUGAAAGGAAAAAAUCCCCAUGAAGAUGCCGUGUUCUUUCCAGAAGUGCUAUAAUGUCUCGCACAGAAUACAUAUUAAAGGUGGGAAAACGGAAAAAUGUAGCUUAUUUUGUUGAAGUAUAAGUGUUCACUUUAUAAUACUUGGAUUGCCUCAUUCAUUAUUAACUCGCUGAGUUGUGUAUACAUGUUAUUAGAACA